AGUUAUGGGCCACUGCUGGGUGCACAACGCUGCAGAAGGAGAGGGGCUUCCUCACAUUUCCAGCUUUCUCCCAGCCGAGUCGGCCGUGCCGCUUCCACAUUAAGGACAACAGCGAGCCGAGACCCUUUUCUGUUCACUCUUCGAAAUCCAGCGCCGCUUUCCUUCCAGCCGGCUCGAGAGCGUCCGAAAUCUGCUAAAACGAGGGUCCGGAGAUCCAAUCCCGAUGGAACGAUGCCGCUGAGAUGACCUGGACGGCCUUAAUUUCCUCCCGAGAUUAUUCUCCCAUCAGCAGAGGGAAGCUAUAUCGAGCGUGGAUACGGCCGACAGCUCCAUGUGAUGGACGCGUGAGGCAGCCUUCCAUCAUCUCUUCCCAUCAGUGACUGGGCCCAGCUGCGAUCCCUCUGAGGAACAAGCGUGGACCAGCAGUCCAAGGCCUCCCCAUUGCUUUGCCAUGGUGACAUAAGCAGCGAUGCAACAUGAAAGAGAGCCGACAUGACCGCCGCGUUUCUUCCUUCUGCAGCGGCUGCAGCUGCUACCUCGAUGCUGUUUAUAUUUAGCAUCUUAGGAGUAGCAUCGUUGCUGUGAACCGUUCCUUCUUAGCUGCAUCAGACUUUUUUUUCCCUGCCCACUCCGAGAGAUUGACCCCCACGGCGUGUUGCUGGACCGGAGGGGCGGAGCAGUGCGGCCCGAGACGAUGCUGGGAUGCGUGACACGCAUACGUAGGCUGGUCCGCCUCCUCUCUUUGCAGACCUCCCUGCUUUUACUCUUCAUCUUUUGCGCGAUCAGCGUCUUCAUCUUCUCCUACUUCCUGUAUGGCGUCAAGCGAGAGCCAGAGCCAUUGGGAGGGGGCAUGUCUCUGGCCGAGGGGGCUUCGGCCAGCUCAGACAACCCCAGGAUCAGUCCAUCUCGGCUGCUGCCUCUGCGAAGCAUGCCCGGGGGGCCGGGCAUGGACCCUGGGGGGACCAGGACAGACCCGGUGGUUUUGGUGUUUGUGGAAAGCCAAUACUCUCAACUGGGGCAGGAAAUCGUGGCCAUAUUGGAGUCUGGCCGGUUCAAGUAUCGGACGGAGAUCUCUCCCGGUAAAGGGGACAUGCCCACGCUGACGGACAAAGAGAGGGGCCGUUUUACACUCGUGAUCUAUGAGAACAUUCUGAAGUACGUCAACCUGGACGCCUGGAACCGGGAGCUCCUGGACAAAUACUGUGUGGAGUACGGCGUGGGCAUCAUCGGCUUCUUCAAGGCCAAUGAAAACAGUCUGCUCAGCGCACAGCUGAAAGGUUUCCCGCUCUUUCUUCACUCCAACUUGGGUCUGAAGGACUGCACAGUCAAUCCCAAGUCCCCACUUCUGUUCAUCACACGAGCCGGGCAGGCCCUGCCAGGGCCUCUUCCCGGCGACGACUGGACCGUGUUUCAGUCCAACCACUCUACAUAUGAGCCCGUGCUGCUGGCGAAAACCCAGUCGGCUGAAAGCGUUGCAUCCAUGGGGCAAAAUGCUGCUAUGCUCCCGUCCGUGGUGCAGGACCUGGGGCUCCACGACGGGAUCCAGAGGGUUCUGUUUGGCAACAACUUGAACUUUUGGCUGCACAAGCUGGUGUUUGUGGAUGCUGUGGCCUUUCUGACUGGGAAGAGGCUCUCGUUGUCCCUCGAGCGUUACAUCCUCGUGGAUAUAGAUGACAUCUUUGUGGGAAAGGAGGGCACCCGCAUGAAAGUGCCGGAUGUGAAGGCCCUGCUGGAGGCACAGAGGGAGCUGCGCACCCAUGUGCCCAACUUCACCUUCAAUCUUGGCUUCUCAGGAAAAUUCUUUCACGCUGGAUCUGAUGAGGAGGAUCUUGGGGACGACCUUCUGCUUUCCCACGUGAAAGAUUUCUGGUGGUUUCCUCACAUGUGGAGCCACAUGCAGCCUCAUCUUUUCCACAACCAGUCCGUGUUGGCCGAACAAAUGUUGCUCAACAAGAAAUUUGCCACGGAGCACGGGAUCCCCACUAACAUGGGUUACGCCGUUGCUCCCCACCACUCGGGCGUCUACCCCGUACACAUGCAGCUGUACGACGCCUGGAAGAAAGUGUGGGGAAUCAAGGUGACCAGCACAGAGGAGUACCCACAUCUGAAGCCGGCGCGCUUCCGGCGAGGUUUUAUUCACAGCGGCAUUAGCGUGCUGCCCAGGCAGACGUGCGGCCUCUUCACCCACACCAUCUUCUACAAAGACUACCCGGGCAGCCCAAAUGAGCUGGACAAGCUCAUCAACGGGGGGGAACUUUUCCUCACCGUCCUCCUGAACCCCAUCAGUAUCUUCAUGACCCAUCUGUCGAACUACGGGAACGACCGGCUCGGUCUGUACACUUUCAAGAGCCUGGUGAUGUUCAUCAAAACGUGGACCAACCUGAAGAUGCAGACCCUCCCUCCCAUCCAGCUGGCUCAAAAGUAUUUCAGCCUGUUCCCCUCUGAGAGAGACCCCCUCUGGCAGGAUCCUUGUGAAGACAAAAGGCACAAGGACAUUUGGUCCAAAGAGAAAACAUGUGACAGAUUCCCCAAGCUGCUGGUCAUCGGGCCACAGAAGACGGGAACAACGGCACUCUACCUGUUUCUUGGCAUGCACCCAGAUCUGACCAGCAACUAUCCCAGUAAAGAGACGUUUGAAGAGAUCCAGUUUUUUAAUGGACACAACUAUCACAGAGGCAUUGACUGGUAUAUGGAGUACUUCCCUCUGCCAUCCAACACCAGUUCCGACUAUUACUUUGAGAAGAGUGCCAACUACUUUGACUCUGAGGUGACCGCUCAGAGGGCUGCAGCUCUCCUCCCCAAAGCCAAGAUCAUCACCAUUCUCAUCAACCCAGCGGACCGAGCAUACUCUUGGUACCAGCACCAAAGAGCCCAUGAUGACCCAGUGGCUUUAAAGUACUCGUUCCAUGAGGUCAUCACGGCGGCCCGCAACGCUCCGGUUAAACUCCGAGUUCUCCAAAAUCGAUGUCUGGUUCCCGGCUGGUACUCCAUCCACCUGGAGCGCUGGCUCAAUUUCUACCAUUCUAGCCAGUUGUUAGUUUUGGACGGACAGAUGCUGAAGACUGAACCUGCUUCAGUCAUGGACAAGAUCCAGAAGUUUCUUGGUCUCACCAACGUCAUUAACUACCACAAGAUUUUAGCUUUUGACCCCAAGAAAGGAUUCUGGUGUCAGCUGCUGGAAGGAGGGAAGACCAAGUGUUUAGGAAAAAGUAAAGGACGCAGGUACCCCGACAUGGAUCCUGAGUCCCAGGUGUUCCUCAGGGAGUACUACAGGGAUCACAACAUUGAGCUGUCGAAGCUGCUCUACAGGAUGGGUCAGCCUCUGCCCAGCUGGCUCCGGGAAGAGCUGGUGCACAGCAGGUAGCAGCCCCGGCAGAGGGACGGCCCACUGCUCCCCUCGAUGCGUCGCUGCUUUGCUCUGCAGGCGUUCAGAUCCCAAGUUGUUCUGACAGAGACUGCAAUCUACGGAGGCUUCAAGAUGCAAUGCCAAACUAGAGCUCAGAGCGCAAAGGUGGUGUUCAAGAAACAUGAAUAUUCAUCACUGGGAGGACUUGGAGACGGACACGAAGAAACCUCUAGUGUUUGAUAAUCCCUGUCAUGUUCUCGUUAAUCUAACUUUAUCUCAUCCCAAGAACCUGCUGCUGGAAACUCCAGAAAGGAACUUUGAAGACUCAGUUCUUGAAAACGAGUGACAGACGAGUGAACAUGUUACCAUGGUCAACACAAUGUCCUUUUGUCGGGUGACGACCUGAAGGACAGACAAAAACUUCUUUUAAUGCAAUCGUUUGUAUGGGAAUUGGGUGAAAGACGUGACAUCUGGACUCAGGCUGCGUCCUGUAGCCUCACAUGAUAGGCCUUGGUAGAACCUAGUUAUUGUAUAACAAGUGCCAGGACAGAAUCUUCAUCAAGGUAUCACCACCAUGGACAUUUGAGGGUUCUUCUUUUAUCUUUCCUCUGAUUUAACAUUUCUAUAAUCCUGAUGGGAAUGCAUACUUAUAGAAUGCACCAAACCUAACCAUCUUUAACUGCAUUGUUUUCACUUAUAAGGAAUCAACAGUGCAUUUAUUUAUACCGUUAUGGCUCAACCCGCUCUUCAGUCAGUUUUAUGACCACUGUGCGGGCAUGAGCUCAAACUUGGGGAUGGACGUGGGAAGCACAUGAGCACUCGACUGAGCGUACAGGUACCUGGAAAGCACACUAACUUAACAGCUUCCGCUACAAUCUGUGAAGAUGAUCAUAAGCUAGCUACUGUAUGUUAAAUGAGCUCUCUGAACCUUCAGAUUCAGAUAGUGUACAGGCGAGGAUUGUGCAUUUCUAGGUCUGUUUUCAGUUUUUGUCCAAACUGUAUAUUUCAUUUUAGUUUUUUAUUUCAUUCCUUACAGGACUUUUAAUCUCAAAGAGGGGAGAAGUUUGGGGGGUAUUUUAUUAAAAAAAAAAUUGCUACCAGGCCAACCAAUAGUAUGCCCAGUGACACACCUAUGGAUGUUGGAUAACAUGUCACCACUUCAACUAGAUGUCAAGCGUAUAUAACAAGAAGCUGCUCUUACUGCAAUAGUUUUAUACGUUGUUCCGAUAUAAUAAUGAUGCACAUGUUGAUGUUCAUCUCCUGACUUUGUAAUGUACAUAAAGCAAAAACCCUCAGUAGACCUAAAUUAUUGAAUGUGUCCGGGUUUCCGCGCCAUCGGUUCUCGUCGUGUGAAAACAUCAGUGCUGCACUGAGGGGAGUUUGGAUUCUUUCGUCAUGCAGAGGUGUCGCUCGGAGUAGUUCCUCAUGUCCUCUCACUGCCAACCGCUGUACAAAGGGUACUGAGUCUGUCCAUAUGAAGUAUUACGCGAUAACACAUAGCGGCGAUGAUGGUACUAAUCUCCUGGACUUUAUGAUAAAGAUUUGUAAUUGUUGUCUAUAAUUUUUACAGUGUAACUAAUAUUGUUGGUGCUUUUUAAUUUGCAAAUUAAACACCACUGUAUUUUUCAGUA